AUGAGUCACAAAUUGCUUCCUAUUUCAAGGUUGCACACUAUCAACAACUUUAACUUCUUUUUCCAUAAUACCAAACGAAGUCUCAUCAAGAGUCAAAACUUCCUCAGUAACCAAUUCCUAACUAGACAAGUGAAACUACCUCAUGUUGCAAAUCAAAAUAACACUACGCCACGUGUGAGGCUGCUACCCGACAGAGUACAUAUAAAGGAUAUCAAAGAUUCUUCUGGGUCAACUACCGUGUUGAACGUGGCAUCGAAAGUGCUUACUUGUCAAGAACCAGAAGCAAAACUGUCUCAAAGUUUAACCCAAGAGGAGAGUACCGGCACUGCAACGACUGCUACAACAUCAACAUCAACCUCAACAUCUGGCAUCCCAUUCAAAGUUUCACCUAAAGCUCCAAGAUCUACAAAAGUGGUGGAACCAGUAUCUAUUCUCGCAUCCAAAACAGGAUUACGAGACGAACUCAGAGCUUACGUUAAACUCACAAAACCAAACUUGACAGUAUUGGUAACAUUAAGUUGUAUAUGUUCGUAUGCCAUCUCACCCUUGAGUGUCUCGUUUCUUGAAUUGAUUUUCUUAACCACGGGAACUGCUUUAUGUUCGGGUGCCGCCAAUGCCAUCAAUAUGGGGAGAGAACCUGAUUUUGAUAAACAAAUGCCAAGAACCAUGGGUAGACCAGUGGUUAGAGGAUUAAUCACUCCACAACAAGCUUAUAAUUUUGCUGCUUUGGUAGGAACCACGGGGGUAGUUAUGCUUUGGUACGGUGUUAACCCCAUUGUUGCCUCCCUAGGUUUCUUCAAUAUUGUAUUGUAUGCUUGGAUAUACACUUCAAUGAAAAGGAAAUCGAUCCUCAAUACCUGGGUAGGUGCAAUUGUUGGUGCUAUUCCACCAUUGAUGGGAUGGGCCGCAUCAUCAUCGUUAUUACACCCAGGUGCAUGGUGUUUAGCCGGAUUGCUUUAUGCAUGGCAAUUCCCUCAUUUCAAUGCGUUAUCUCAUGGCAUUGCUCAACAAUACAAGCAAGCAGGGUAUGUAAUGACAGCAGCUGAGAAUCCCAAAUUAAACGCAAGGGUAGCCUUGAGGUACUCCAUAUUGAUGUUUCCCCUUUGUUUCGGAUUGAGUUAUUUUGGCGUCACUGAUUGGGUAUUUCCAUUUGAUUCAGCCAUUGCUAAUGGAUGGCAGGCUUAUUUAGCAUUCAAGUUUUGGCAGCAACAACUGAAGAAUUACAAAAACCCCAAGGGUCCUACUUCGGAAGGUAUAGCAUUGGCUGGUAUUCAUGCAAAGAAAUUAUUUUGGUGUUCAGUAUGGCAUCUUCCUGCUGUUUUGAUUUUGGCAAUGUUGCACAAGAAGGAUCAAUGGGAUAGACUAUAUAAUUAUUUAUUCUGA